AUAGUGAUGUGAUUGCAUUGCAAACUUAUUGGUAAUAUGAUGAUAUUUUCAGUUGCAUGAAUAUGUGAACAGUUGUUUUUCAUCGGAUCGCGUGACUGUUGUUGGAACAGGCAUCGAUCAUGAACAACUCUUACAUUAUUCACAAAAUUUUGACGUUUCGGAUGCUAAAGGCUCUGAUAUUGCUCCUUCAAGAUUUUUCUCUGGUGAUGUACGUGUUGGGAUGGAUACCCCUUUAACUUACGCUGCUGUUUUGAUGGAAGGAGUUAGUGCACAAAAGCCAGAAGAAGUUCUUAGUUUGGCUUUACUCCAGCAAAUUUUGGGAAAUUCGUCAUCAAUUUCUUAUAGUGUGGGUUCUGCUUCCAGAUUCAGCAAAAUCUCAAAAAAAUAUGAUUACAACCCACAGAUUUCCAGUAUUAAUUUUAACUACUCAGAUAAUGGUCUUUUUGGAAUUUAUGUUGCAGCAGAAAGCAAAGAUGUUAAUGAUAUAUUGAAAGCAACUGUCGGUGAAGUGAAAAAUGCUAUAAAGACUGGACCAUCUGAAGACGAACUACGUAUUGCAAAACAAAAAUUGAAAGCAUCAUAUAAUUUUGCUCAAGAUGAUCAGAGUGAAUGUUUGGAAGAACUUGCAUUCCAAGCAGGAAAUUUUAAGAAACUCCUUUCUCUCCCAGAGUUUGAAAACAUUGUCGACAAAAUCACUGCACAAACCAUUUCUACCGCUGCCAGCAAAGGAAUGAGAAGCAAACCUGCAAUAGCUGUUGUUGGAAAAGCUCAAGGUGUAUUAUAUGCAGAUGAAUUAAUUUAAAUUUGUUAACAGUUUAGUACAUACAGAAUUUUCUUGACUACCAUUUGGAGAUAUUUAUAGAUAGAUGAAAAUAAAACUAUUCCCCAUUAA